AAACAGUGGUGGGAGACCUGCUACAGCACAGCUUCACAGCAGCUGCCACACACAGCACCCUGCCCUACUGGAAACAUAUAUGCCUGGACUACAUCGCACAAAGGAUAUUCCCAAGAAUAUCUCCAGUUUCUAUAGUGCCUUAACGCAAGAACUUGCAUCCGCAUUCCAGUCAAAGAAAGAGCAGCAGCCACUGAUGGCCAACCCAGAUCCAGAGAUGUCAGGGGGCUGGGAGCAGAAGGCGGCUCAGGGGGAGUCUGCAGUCCACACCUGCCAACAGAAGGCCAAGGCCCGGCUGCUACUGUUACUGUCCUACAUCUCAGGAGACAUGGAGGUGUUUGCAGAGUGGAUGAAAAAACAGUUCUUCCUACUCCAGCUGCUAGACUGGGUUCUCCGUGGUGCUGCCCAGGUCAUGUUUGUCAACAAUCCUCUGAGUGGCCUAGUGAUCUUUGCUGGGCUGAUCCUGCAGAACCGCUGGUGGGCUCUCAACGGCUUCGUGGGCACACUCUUCGCCACCAUCUCUGCCCUCAUACUGCAACAGAGCAGGGGUGCGAUUGCAGCGGGGCUGUAUGGUUACAAUGGGAUCUUGGUGGGGCUGCUGAUGGCCGUGUUCUCUAACGCUGGAGACUGGUACUGGUGGCUCCUACUGCCCAACAUCGUCAUGUCUAUGACCUGCCCUAUAGUGUCCAGUGCGUUGGCGUCCAUUAACAGUCGUUGGGACCUGCCAGUGUUCACUCUUCCCUUCAACAUCCUGGUAUGUCUCCACAUGGUGGCUACUGGCCACUACAACCACCACUUCCCCCAAGUCCUCAUCCAGCCGCGCACAGAACUAGCCAACAUCACCUGGGCUGAGGUCAACGUAGCUAAGCUGUUCACAGCAGUGCCAGUAGGUAUAGGCCAGGUUUAUGGGUGUGAUAACCCCUGGACAGGAGGAAUCUUCAUGGUCGCUCUCUUCAUUUCCUCUCCCAUCACCUGUGCUCACGCUACCAUUGGAUCCGCAGUCGGCAUGAUCUCAGGUCUGGCCCUGGCAGCUCCAUUUGAGGCGAUCUACUUUGGUCUGUGGGGGUAUAACUGUGUUCUAGCUUGCAUCGCUAUUGGAGGGAUGUUCUACGCUCUCACCUGGCAGGUACACCUGCUGGCAAUCACCUGUGCUUUCUUCUGUGCAUAUCUGGGCUCAGCCAUCGCUAAUGUCAUGUCCACAUUUGGCCUGCCAGCCUGCACCUGGCCCUUCUGUCUCUCCGCCCUCACCUUCCUUCUGUUUACCACGGAAACCAACACCAUAUUCAAGCUGCCGCUGGCUAACGUGGCCUACCCAGAGAGGAACCUGCGCUUCUUCUGGAAGCUCCGAAAGAAGGAGAAGCUGGAGAGAGAGGAGAAGGAAAUAGAUGAGGAAAAGUGGAGGGCAAAGGAGCAGGAGCUGCUAGGUAACGAUAAAGAGGUGCUGAGGAUGGAGAGAAUGGAUGGCAAAGAGAAGGAAGGCAAGGAGAUUAAUAAAAUGAUGAUUCAGGAGGAAGAGAUGAUGGAGGUGGCCUUGGGUGAAGUGAGCAGCAUGGCAGAAAAUGUCUGAGCUCAUCAACAGACUCCAGAUGUUUUACUAUGUACUAUGAUGAAAGACAGAUGGGUGUGUGUGUUGGUAGAUGGUGUCUGAAGUGUUCGUUUUAACGUUAUACAUACUGUAUGUAACUUAUCUUAUUGUUUAUUACUUCUGAAAAAUGCCCAAAGCUCAGGUAACUAGCCCUCAGGUAACUAGCCCUCAGGUAACUAGCCCUCAGGUAACUAGCACUCAGGUAACUAGCACUCAGGUAACUAGCACUCAGGUAACUAGCACUCAGGUAACUAGCACUCAGGUAACUAGCACUCAGGUAGGGCUACAGUAGGUCAUUCCGGUGUAUGGUAUUAUAUCUAACUUUUCUAUACAGUGGAUAUUACCACAGUUAUGUACUUUCAUACUUACUUGGUUUGAGUUCGAAUAAAAGUCUAUUUUUCUAACAAAAGCUCAGGGUAGUUGCUCUUUGAAAAUGCCACCAUCAUAUGUAUCUUCGAGUAGUCACGGGACACACACACAUACCAAUCCUCAUACACACAGUGACACACACCACCCUCAGACACACACUACCCAUAUAGUGGUAUGCACUGUAAGAAUGUAUGAAGCCCAUUGGCACACAUACAAUGGGCUUGACCUCACAGACACUUAUAAUGGUAUCAGGUAGCACAUUCUCAACAUGCCAUUACAUAAUGCAUAAUUACUGUAGUUAAUGUACUCAAAGAUUAUUAUUGAAUGGUCAAUUGGAUAAGAGCUAGGGUGCAGCAGGGAAGUUGCAGUUCACCAGUUCAAACACUAUUAAUUUAAUAAUAGGCCCCUUUUUUCUCAAUUUCGGCCUGAAUGACGUUCCCAAAGUAAACUGCCUGUUGUUGCUCAGGCCCUGAAGCCAGGAUAUGCAUAUAAUUGGUACCAUUGGAAAGAAAACACUUUGCAAUUUGAAGAAAUUCUGAAGAAAAACCAACCAGAAUUGUCUUUUUUGAGAGCCCAUGCUCUUACAAUGGAAAGUUAUAGGGGCAUCUGAAUUCUAACUCCCAGGGUGUAAUUCCUAUGGCUUUCACAGGGUGUCAGCAGUCUAUGUUCAAGGUUUCAGGCUUGUAACUUCCAAAACAAAUAAGAAAUAUAAGUUUUAGUACAGGGACACAGUCUUGGAAAUUUGUGUAUGCACGCAUACGAUGAAUACAGAAUGCACCUGCUAAGAUCGGUUUCCUAUUGAACAUACUUCUUUCUGUAAGACAUAUUAUAGUUUGUUUACAUUUUAGAGUAUCUGAGGAGUAAAUAGAAACGUAUUUUGACUUGUUGAAACAAAGUUUAGGGGUAGAUUUUCAGAUUCCUUUCUCUGCAUGUUGAACGAGUGGAUUACUCAAAUCGAUGGCGGCAACUAAACUGACUUUUUGGGAUAUAAAGAAGGAUUUUAUCUAACAAAACGACACUACAUGUUAUAGCUGGGACCCUUUGGAUGACAAGAUCUUUCAGAGGAAGAUUUUCAAAAAGUAAGUGAAUAUUUCAUCGCUAUUCUGAAUUUAUUAAACCUGUGCCGGUGGUAAAAUAUUUUGAUGUGGGGCGCCGUCCUCAAACAAUCGCAUGGCAUGCUUUUGCUGUAAUGGCUACUGUAAAUCGGACAGUGCAGUUAUAUUAACAAAAAUGUAAGCUUUCAACAAAUAUAAGACACUUGUAUGUACCUAAAUGUUUAAUAUCCAUAAUACAUUUUUAUGAUUAUUUAUUUGAAUUGCCCACCCUCCAGUUUCACUGGAAGUUGUCCCGCUAGCUGGACGCCUAGCCCUAAGAAGUUGGGUACAUAACAUGUAGGGUUAAGGUAGCCUAGCAGUUAAGAGCGUUGAGCCAGUAACCAAAAGGCCACUGGUUUGAAUUAAGGGCCUGCAAGGUGGAAAAAUCUUCCUUUCUGCUCGAGCCAGAAGUCAAUUAAGGCAGUCCCCUGCAGCUCUCUGAUUGAAAGGGGUUGGGUUGAGACACAUUUCGGUUGAAUGCAUUCAGUUGUGUAUGAAAAUGUCAUGUUUUAAAAUUUGGUGACCCAACACUGGUGUAAAAUUCCUGACCUGUAAGCAUUCUUCCAGUGCUAUCAAGGGUGGCUGAUCAUCUGACUGAUCAUCUCAAUCAGGGCAACUCCAUAUAUCAAAUGCAAUUUGGAUUCAGAACUAACCAUUCUACCGAAACAGCCAAUUGCCAUUUUUUGGAGUGUAUUAAAUCUAAACUGGAUAUAAGUGGUGAAGUCGGCGAUGUCUUUUUGGAUGGCAUUUGAUACUGUGAAUCACGAGGUCCUGUUAUCCAAACUAUCCUCCCUUCAUGUGUCCACGGAAGCCAUUAGUUGGAUGUAUUCCUAUCUGAAUAUUAGAAGGGUUUGUCUGGGGGACACUCAGUCAGACUCUAUUUACUAUAACAUUGGGGUCCCACAAGGGUCAAUAUUAGGCCCCCUUCUGUUUACUAUCUAUAUAAACAAUUUCCCACUUGCUUGACCACAUACACUCAAAAAACAAACAAGUAAACAAGUUAACUGAAGCUAUGAUACAGGUUUAUAAAUGGAUGACUGAUUCUUGCCUGCAUUUAAAUAUUGACAAGACUGUUUGUAUGUACUUCUUUAAGAAAACCAUUCAUUCUUCCCAAAGAGCUGUUCUAGUCAUUAGGGAGAAUCUGAAAGUUGUGUCUAUCUUCUGGUAUCUCGGCGUCAUUUUGGACUCCAUGUCACGUUCUGACCUUGGUUCUUUUGUUAUGUCUUUGUUUUAGUAUGGUCAGGGCGUGAGUUGGGUGGGUUGUCUAUGUUUGUUUUUCUAUGAGUUGGUAUUUCUGUGUUUGGCCUGGUAUGGUUUUCAAUCAGAGGCAGCUGUUAAUCGUUGUCCUUGAUUGAGAACCAUACUUAGGCAGCCUGUUUUCACCCUUGAUUUGUGGGUGAUGAUAUUUUCUGUUUAGUGUGGUUUGCACCUGACGGAGCUGUUUCGGUUGUGCUUUUUGUUUGAUAGUGUUCAGUUUAAAUAAAUAACAUGAACAAGUACCACG